GUUUUUUUAAUUAUUUGAAAAGCACAACAAAUUGAAAAUGAGUUACUCUAUUGAUUUAUCUGACUUUGACCUGGUCAUUGAUGAGUCAGGAAAUUUUGUUGUAGAGGAUGAUCAAAUUCUAAUACAACACCGAAUAACAAAAGAAGAAGUCAACGUGCUUUUUGCUAACGUCGCUCCAUUUUAUGGUCUCUAUGGAGAAGGAAAAACAAGUUUGGAAACACCGGCCACAGAGCCCACAACAAUAGCAGCAAUUCAACAUCCGCCAUCACGAACACCGUCCAUGGACUCCUCAGAAUCAUCAACAUCACUACCACCAUCACCGUUGACAUCAGCACCACCAUCUCCAACCCAUGUCGGAAAGAAAAACAUGAUUGACAACAAUAAUACCAGUGGUGCCGCCUAUGAGGAAAUGGAUUUUGGUGAGGAAAUGAACGAGAUUAUUCAGAGGGAUGACUCUUUCCUCUUAGACACAGGAGUGUCACCAGGACUAAUCUAUUCCAAAAAAGGUUCAAUACCUUUAGCGCAAGCCACUUCAAAAUCGAUCUCAACAUCAGCGUCGACCUCGGAAUUAGCGUCGACCUCUGGGUUGGCGUCGACUUCGGUACUGACGUCGACCUCGAGAUAG